AUGCAUUAUCCACCAAUAUUACUAACGCUUCAAAUUCUUGAUAUUCCUUUAAAUAAUAAGAUUGAUUUGUCAUUUUACAAAGAUACUGGUUCCUUCAAAGGAUUUGGCAACGAGAAUCAUGGAUCAAUUGGCAGACCAAGAAAACAAUCAUAUUUGGGAUUAAAGAUUC